AUGUGUGUGUGUGUGUGUGUGUGUCGCUUCAUGUCGCUCUUUCUCUUUAUUUCUCUCUUUCUCAAACCGACCAAACCAAUUCAUCUCUUUCUGUCUCUCUCUGUCUCUCUCUGUCUCUUUCUGUCUCUCUGUCUCUGUCUCUGUCUCUGUUUCUGUCUGUCUCUGUCUCUGUCUGUCUCUGUCUCUGUUUCUGUUUCUGUCUCUGUUUCUGUUUCUGUCUCUGUCUCUGUCUCUCUCACCCUCUCUCUCACACACACACACACACACUCUCUCUCUCACUCUGUCUCUCGUGGCGGCUUGGACGGUGGUGGAGAGCGCUUUGUCGCCUUGGACCUCGAAGCGCCGGGCGUCUUGGCGCUGAAGACCAUCAUCAUGGCAGAGAGCGAGGCUUCGGGCCCCAUGGUCACCGUCAAUAUCAAGAUGGUCUCCGCUCCAAAUGCCGAGUGGUGCCCAUUCGCGGGGCUAACCCGCGGCGGCCUUUCUCUCUCUCUCUCUCUCUCUCUUCCUCUCUCUCUCCCUCUUUCUUUCAUUUUUCUCAAAGAACGUCUGGAGGCCCUUUCCGAAAUCCCACCAAACGCCCAGCGCCUGGUCUAUUCUGGUCGCAUCCUCAAUGACCGUCAGACCCUCGACAGCUAUGGCUUCAAGUCAGGGCACGCGAUGCACUUGGAUGCCGCGACUAUGCGCAGCAUGAUGGACAAUCCAAUGGUGCAGUCGAUGAUGAAUAACCCAGAGCUCAUGCGCUCCAUGAUGAUGGCAAAUCCACAAAUACGACAGGUAACGAGUCUAGCUUUAACCCUAGCCAUAUCCCUGACCCUAACCCUUCGGCCCCUCAAGUCCAGCCACACAGCCCUUCAUGGCCUACAGGACCCAAUGGCAGCCAUGGCCAAUCCAGCCCUGCGCGACGAGCUGAUGCGGCAACAGGAUCGCGCCUUUAGCAACAUCGAGGCCAUGCCAGGCGGCUUUCAGCACCUCUCCCGCAUGCACGAAGAAAUUGCCGAGCCCUUGCUGAAUGCUGCGGGACAAGGAUCUCAGAGCAGCAGCAGCAGUGCACCUGCAUCGUCCGCAGCCGCAUCCAGCAAUCCCUUUGCAUCUCUGCUUGGAGGCUCCUGGGGUGGUGCUCGCCGUGAGGCUGAGCCCAGCGAUGAGGACAUUUACGGUUCGGGUGCCCGCAACACUGGUACCAGCACUAGCACCGGUGCCAGCGGCGGUAGCGGCGCGUCCGCUUCUCAUGGUCCUUCGCUUUUUGGAGGACUACCUGGAGCUCCCAACUUGGACGGGCCACAGGCCGCGUUUACCGAGUCUCUCUUAUCCAGUCCGGCAUAUCCCGAGAUGAUGCGCAAUGCAAUGCAGGAUCCUCAGAUGAUGCAAGCGGUACUGAAUUCUCCCAUGAUGCAAGCCAAUCCCAUGAUGCGCUCUGCCCUGGAAGCCAGUCUCAGCGACCCAGCCACGCGCGAUCUGUUGAGCGACCCCGCCAUGAUCGAACGGUCCUUGAACAUGAUGCGACAAAUGCGGUCUGGAGCCGGAACUGGAGCAGCAAACACCCCGCCCGGAACCGAUAGCGCUGGUCUUCCUCCUUUCUCAUUUCCAUUUCCGGGCAUGAUGGGUGCUGCAUCCACAACAAACACGCCCCCGACGUCUGGUAGCGGCAGUCAAACGCCUGCCUCUGGCGCAGCGCCUGCACCUGCAGCGGCUGACCGCUAUCAGCUGCAGCUCCGACAAUUGAACGACAUGGGCUUUAGUGACCGUGACGUGAACAUCCGAGCGCUGGAGCAAACCAAUGGCAACGUUCAUGCGGCCGUGCAACGCAUCCUUGAGCAGUAG